CGACGUGUCCUUGUCCCCCGUGGGCAGCCCAGCGCGUGCAGCCGCAGAUCCCAGCUCCCAAGGCCUCCCCUCCCAGUGCCACCCCUGGACCAGCCAUGAAGACCAAGAGCAGGCCCCCCCGGCGCCGGGCAGCCCCCCAGGACCCAGCAACCCUCCCGGGGAGCCCGGAAGGGACGCAGCCAGGCCCCGGGCCAGAGCCAACCAAAAGCCUGCGGAGCCGGGCAGCACGGGGGGCCUCUGGUGGCCCGGGGGCUGCGGGGGUGGCGGGUGGGCGGCGGAGGGCGGCGGGGGUCCGGAGGGAGAGCAGCGCCCAACGGAGGCUGGAGAGCAACGAGCGUGAGCGGCAGCGGAUGCACAAGCUGAACAACGCCUUCCAGGCCCUGCGUGAGGUCAUCCCGCACGUGCGUGCAGACAAGAAGCUGUCCAAGAUCGAGACACUCACGCUGGCCAAGAACUACAUCAAGUCGCUGACCACCACCAUCCUGGCCAUGUCCAGUGGCCCCGGCCCCAAACUCUACCAGCACUACCAGCAGCAGGCGGGGGGUGCGCUGGGGGCCGGCGAGGCCCAGCCUGAGGCCCGGCUGCACCGCUACUCCACGCAGAUCCACAGCUUCCGAGAGGGCUCCUAGCACCCCCGGCCCACCCACCGUGGCCGGGCACCCCACCUGGCCUCCCUGGAGUGCCACCUGGCCCCGGAGGACGAGACCGGGCCCUGCCUCCUCCCUACGCGUGGCCAGGCUGCUGACUGGCCACUGAGGCCGAGACUCAGGGAGGGACCCAACUAACUUGCAGCCCGCCGUCACCAUCACUGUGCCUCGUUUGGGGUAAACCGAGGGUCAGAGAAAGCAAAGCCCAAGGCCACACAGAGAAGCAGCUGGCCGGAGAGGUGGCUGAAGUGCCCACUCCAUCAGGAGUCUCCCAUUGUCUUCCCCAGGGAUGGGGGAUGCUGAGCUGGCCCCUGGAGUCUGGCGUCUGGUGCUGAGGGGUGGUGGGCUUGAAGGACCUGGUCCCCAGGAGGGACCAGGAGAGGUCUGUCCCUGCCUGGGCCCCUGCUCCCAAACCCCACACGGUAUCUUUCCCCAAGGGUGCUCAGAGUCCUGGCUGUUGCUGACACCCAGAGAUAGUGAGUGGUCCAAGAGGACUUCAGGGUUGCCUCGGGCCUGGAGUGGGGCUCUCUCUGUAAGGAGGAAUUGUGCUGUCAGGCCUGCCCCUCCCCCCUAGCUGUCUCACAAAGGCGGGCACACAGCCUGGCAGGCCCACAUUGCCUCGGGCCAAGCUUCCUCCUACCCGUGUUCCUGUUGGCUCGCUCCCACAGGCUGGGUGACGAUGGAGUCCAGCCCCCUGGCACCUCCCGCCCUGUCCCCGUAGCCCCGGGAAGGAGCCUGUGACCCCGUCAGUGUGGCCACUGGGGAGAGGGGCAGCUCCUGAGGGUGAGGGUGGGUGCCUUGGGGCCAGGUCAGUAGGGGGCUAGGGGUCCCCUCCACCACACCCUGCCCUGGGGUCACCCCUCUGGAAGGUGAGGGUGUCCCACCACAGGAGCCCAGCUGGGGGUGACUGAGCUUGGGACAGAUGGUCCCACCUGGGUGGCCCGUGGGCUAGGACAAGAGCUACGAAGGCUGGAGAACCUGGUGGCUUUUGUUCCAGCUGAUGGAGGCCAGAGGGGUACUCUGUGUCCCCCACAUUGAGUUAAGAACAAACCGCCCUAGAGAGCAGGGGGAGGGGUGUGUGGCCAGCAGAGGGCCCAUUUAGGCCAGGCCAGCCCUGCAGGACAGUGGCCUUUCUGUUCCUCUGUCCCCAAGGGCACCUGUACCCAUCUGCCCAUACCCGGACUUCUCCUGGGCAGCCUGAAGCAUCUCAAAAGGCCCUAGACCCACCUCUGGUGACAGAGGUGAAGGGUGAGGCCUGCUACCUUGAACCCCAAGCCUGGAGGGGCUGCUUCCACCCACAGCUGGGGCCCAGGGAGCCUCAGAGCCAGCCCUGCCAGCAGUGGUCACAGCCUCCCACAUGCCCUGAAUCACUGUGCCCUUCCCAACAGUCGCCUGAUGGAAUGGACAGAGAUCCCGCAGUCGCCGUGCCUGUAACCCCAACAUAGCAAUAAAGAGAUAGUGUGUCGCUCUA